AUGGACCCAAUGCAGGGAAUCAAUACCGUGGAGCUCAAGGACAACACGACAAUUGUCGUGCUGGGUGCCUCGGGCGAUCUGGCCAAGAAGAAGACGUACCCCGCGCUCUUCGGCCUGUAUCGAAAUCAGUUUCUGCCCAAGGAUGUCAGAAUCGUGGGCUAUGCCCGCACCAAGAUGGACCACGACGAAUACCUGCGACGCAUCAAGUCCUACAUGAAGACACCCACCAAGGAGAUUGAACAGCAACUCAAUGAUUUUUGCGGCUUGUGCUCCUACAUCUCCGGCUACUACGACAAGGAUGAGUCGUUCCAGAACCUCAACAAGCAUCUGCAAGAGCUCGAGAAGGGUCAGUCGGAGACAAACAGACUAUUCUACAUGGCCCUGCCGCCCAGCGUCUUCACCACCGUCUCCCAGCACUUGAAGAAGUGUUGCUACCCGUCCAACGGCAUUGCCCGAGUCAUUGUCGAGAAACCGUUCGGCAAGGACCUCGCCAGCUCCCGCGAGCUUCAAAAGUCCCUCAGACCCGAUUGGAAGGAAGAAGAGCUUUUCCGCAUCGACCACUACCUAGGCAAAGAAAUGGUCAAGAACAUCUUGAUCCUGCGCUUUGGCAACUCGUUCCUGGGUGCCACGUGGAGCCGCCAGCACAUCGACAACGUGCAAAUCUCUUUCAAAGAGCCCUUUGGCACUGAAGGGCGAGGAGGCUACUUUGACGAGUUUGGCAUUAUUCGCGACGUCAUGCAGAACCAUCUCUUGCAAGUUCUUACUCUGCUCGCCAUGGACCGACCCAUCUCGUUCGACGCCGAGGACAUCCGCGACGAAAAAGUCCGGGUGCUCCGUGCCAUCCCUGCCAUCGAGCCCAAGAACGUCAUCAUCGGCCAGUACGGAAAGUCUCUCGACGGAAGCAAACCUUCGUACAAGGAAGACGAGACGGUCCCGAGGGACUCAAGAUGUCCCACGUUCUGCGCGCUCGUAGCGUACAUCAAGAACGAGCGCUGGGACGGCGUUCCUUUCAUCAUGAAGGCCGGCAAGGCACUCAACGAGCAGAAAACGGAGAUUCGGAUUCAGUUCAAGGAUGUGUCCUCAGGCAUCUUCAAGGACAUUCCGCGGAACGAACUUGUUAUGCGCAUUCAGCCCAACGAGAGUGUCUACAUCAAGAUGAACUCCAAGCUGCCAGGCCUGAGUAUGCAGACCGUCGUCACUGAACUCGAUCUCACCUACCGACGACGGUUCUCCGACCUCAAGAUUCCGGAGGCUUACGAAUCCCUGGUUCUCGACUGCCUCAAGGGUGAUCACUCCAAUUUUGUGCGUGACGAUGAGCUUGAUGCGAGCUGGCGCAUAUUUACGCCGCUGCUCCAUUACCUCGAUGACAACAAGGAAAUCAUCCCAAUGGAAUACCCCUAUGGAUCUCGCGGCCCCGCGGUCCUGGACGACUUCACGGCUUCGUACGGCUACAAGUUUAGCGACGCGACGGGCUACCAGUGGCCGACAACUACAGCAACCCCUCCUAACAAGUUGUAA